AAAGUGAAUUAAUGUCUCAAAAAUCUGAGUUAACAAAAUUAAAUAGUUUAUGUGAAUCAAUUCAACAAAGAACUAAUGAAUCUGGUGUGAAAAAUUCUUUAAAUCAAGUAUUAGCUCAAUAUCAUAGCUUAAUUAAAAGUUGUGAGGAUGUUUUAUCCAAACUUCAACUUGUAUUUAUGGAAAAUAGAGAAUUUCAAGUAUUGUGUAAUAAUAUUAGAAAUUUCCUCGAUACUUUAACAACAGAACUAAAAAGUAUCAAUACAAAUGAACAGAAUGUAAAUUUAUCUGAGAAUCAUUUGAAUACAAUUACAAGUAUACGUGAAAAAUUACGUUCUUCUCAACCAAAACUUCUAGAGCUUAGUGAUAGAGCAGAUCGAAUUUGUCGAGCUUCAUCAACUGCAGCAUUAACUAUGAAUCAAAUGUUUAUGACACAUUCAAGUCAAUUAGAUAUUAACGAUUCUGUAAAUACACCUGUGUUUACAGGCUACGAUAAUCAACUUCAACUUUCAACUAAUCAAAAUGAAAUCAACAAUUUACAAACAGAAACUGUUGGAUCUAAAGCUAAACAACAAUUAAAUGAAUUUAGAAAAGAGUUUAAUGAAAUCAAUCAACAAAUAACAGAAUAUCAAGAAAAAUUAAAUCAUCUGGUCAAUGAACAGAAAAAUCUGUCUGAAUUAUACAAUGAUUUACGCAGUUGGAUAGAUAAAACAGAGAAAAAGUUAAAUAUUUUAGAAUCAGGCAUGUUGGUAAAUCAAACAGAGACAAAUGAACAAAAUAUAAGGCCGCUAAUUCAUGAAUCUACUAAGUUUAAUGAAAGCAACUGGAAUACUUACAUUCAACAAAUAACGGCCUUAAAUAAAGAACUUAAUGAAUAUUCACAAAAAUAUGAACAAUUUUGUGAGAAUAUACCUGAUACUACUAAGAUAAAUAGCCAGACAAAUAAAUUUAAUCAACUGACCGGAAGAUUUACCGAAAUGAAAGGAAGAAUUCAACGAUUUGCCACCUGGAUUAAUACUAUUCAACAAAACUAUUCUGCAUUUCGUGACUCAGCACAAACAACUGAACGAUGGUUGAGUGGUAUAAAUUUUCGUCUUAUGUCAGCUGGAAAUAAUAAUGCUAACAGCAAUCUAACAGGAAAUUUAUCUGCUUAUCAAGAUUCAACAAUUCAAAUUGAUCAAUUAAUGAAAGAAAUUAAUAAAGAAGGCAAAAGUCUUUUAGAGAAUACACAUCAAUUAGUUCAUCUACUUAUUCAUAAUAUAACUAAAGAUCAAACAACAAUAUCAAGAACUAAUAGAAUUUGUGAAUCUGUUACAUGUCCAUAUCGAGAAAUUCCAAUUGAUCAUAGUACAGUUGAUAAUUGGAAAUAUUUAUUGAAUAGUUCAAAUGAUGAAAAACUAUUGGAUAGAAUUAUUUUAGAUGCUUUAGAAAGAAAUAAAGAGAUUGAAACAAGUUAUAUUAAUAUACAUUCUAAUGCACAAUCUAUCAAGAGUCGACUAGAUGAUCAGUUGAAUCGUUUCAAAGCUUACAUUGAUUCGUUGAAUUCAGUCGCUACAUUUAUACUAAAUGACUUACAGUCUUGGUGGAAACGAUUAAGUGUCAUUAGUCAGUCAUCAGUAGUAGUAGCUACAAUAACAGGAAUUUCAACAACGAAUCAACUCAUUGCAACAUCAGAUCCAAUCUCUUCAAAUUCUUACAAUGUUACACGAUUAACAACCUAUCCAAAUGAAAGUUUUAUCAAUUAUCAAAUAGAUCGUUUGCAACAACUGUCAGAUGAUAAACCUCCAGCUAAAGCAGUAAGUUUAGAAGAUGUUGGUCAUCAGUUAGCUAUGACAUUGGCUAUGCAAUCACAGUUGAUAACAAUGAAAAGGGAAUUGUCUACACUUGGAUAUAAAUGUGGAAUGUCUUCAGUUGAAAUCGAUUAUAUUUCACAAGAAGGCGAUAAGAAAUCUGAUAAUAAAGGAAAUAGUUCCGAUCAAACUUUGGUGAAAUUAUUGGCUAAACAUGUGCAAAAUGCAAUCGAUAUAGAAAACAGAAAGCUUGAAUGUCACACUGAACAACUACGUGAAUUACGAACAAAAUGGGAGCAUUAUGUUAAAGAACGUGAUAUAUUUGGCCGCUGGUUAUCUGAACGUCAGACAGCUUGUCAUCAUUUAUUAGAAUUGAGAUCAAGAUCUACACAACCAGAAGAUGAAGAGAGUAGAGCACUUGAAUUUAUACAAAAAUUUCCAACUAUUUAUAAGGAUUUUUUAAAUACAUUAAAAGAUAAAGAAAAACAAAUAAAUCAGUUAGUGAAUAUAUAUCAAGAACUUAUUCAACAUAAUUCACAAAUUACUGAUCCAUUAUUAGAUAGAUUAAAUACAGAAUUUAAAAAUUUAUUAAACCAAACGAUAACAAGAAUAAAACACGUAGAAAAAGAAAAAAAUGAGAGAAAACCUGUAGAAGAAUCACAUUCAGAGUAUCGUGGUAAAAUACCAAUUUUACCAGAGAAAGCGGAAGCACUUGUUCAUAGUUCAGCUAAAACAUUGAAGCAUACAAAAUUACUUAAUGAGUUAGCCAAAUCAGUAAAUCAGUUGAAAAAUGAAGUUAUCACUAGUGAAAUUGAUGCUCAAAGGAAUGAUUUUACACUUGUUACGUCAUCAACAAUGUCCCCAAAAUUUAAACAAACAUAUCAAAUACAGAGUUACAUUCAUUUUAAAGCGACAUAUUAAAAUGUUGACUACUAAUCAACAUUAUCAUAAUUAGUGGAAAUUAAUCAUUAAUUCAUGUAUGUUGUUAAUUAUUUAUUGUCGUUAACAUGAAUUCUAGUGAUAUUCUCUUCUUUUUUAAUAUUUUUGUUUUACUAAAAUGUAAAGUAAAAAAAAUAAAGAAGUACAAAACGAACCAAAUUUGAAAUUAUUAUUUUUUUAAAAUUUAUUAAACUAGUUAUUUGAUUGAUCAAAGAAAUUAUUCUAUACCUUCAAACACAAUUACUUCUUCUUCUAAUCAACUAUCAAAUAAUACUUUACAACAAAGAAUAUCAACUGAAUCAAUUCGAAGAAAUUUACCUUCAUCUAAUUAUUAUCCAAUAGUUCAAAUAAAUAAACAAUCAAUUAUUAAUAAAUAUUGUAAAUCUUCAUUUGAUGAUAUACCAAAUCGGUGUAAUGAUGAUAUGAAAAUUUCAUCUUAUUCAUAUGAUAAUAAACAACCGAUUGAUUUAAUAUCAUCUCAUUAUUAUAAAAAUGAUUUAUUACAGUAUACAACAUCUAAACCUUGUAUACAGUUACAAUUGAAAGAUGAAUUAAACAAUGAACAGAAAAGAUUAAAUACAUCACCUUAUUCAUCAUCAUACAAGAGUUCAAUUCCAAAACCAGAAACAUUUAUGGAAUCUCGCAGUUCCAAAAAAACUACUUUAACUCCAUCUCAUGCAAGUAGACCUAUUUCAAGAAACAUCAAUGUACCAUCUGAUACCAGACAAAUAAUAAAUUCCCAAACACAAUCACUUAAUAAUAAAUCUACACAAAUGACAACUUCCAGUUUGAAUGAUAACACUUCCUUGUUAUGGACUAAAAAUAUUGCGAAAAAAUUAAAUACUAACAUAGAUAACAAAUCAUAUCCCAUUUACUGAUAUAUAAAUAGAUUUCGUUGGUAGUUACACAUAUCAAUUAAUUGAAUGCUCACUAUUUGAAUACAUUUUUAAUACAUUUCUAUAUAUAUAAGGACAAUGUUCCAGUAAAGCUGAAUAUGCUUCCAUUAUUACUAUUUCUUCAUUUCAUAUGACUCAAAAGAAAAAAAAGUUAAAAUUAUAUUGGGAUUUAUUUUUCAAAAGUUUUCUAACAAAUUAAUUAUAUAUAACAACAAAUGGAUAAAUGAAUGUUUAAUAUUACCUCACUAUAUUUUAUAUCUAAUCAUUAUUAAAAUGUAUAAUUGUUUGAUUAGCAUGGUAACUGAUUUGUAUUCAAAAUUAUUUUUUUUUACAGUCAAUAAUCAAACAAUAAUAUAAACCCACACCUGCACCCACCCCCACUACAUGUGGAUCAUUUUUUACAUAUUAGAGGAGAAUAAUAAAAUAGUUGAAAAAAGUAUUUUUCUUCUCUCUCUCUCUGUUUUUCUUAUUAUUUUAAUUAAACAAAAUAACAAACAAUUUUAAAACUGAAUAUGAAUAAAAAAUAAAAUAAAAUAAGUAUUAUUUUGUUAUUAUUGAAUUCUAUCAUUAAAAUUAAAAUAAAAUUCAAAAUUUGUACAAUGUUCUUUAUUAUUAUUAUUAUUAUUAUU